CUCUAAUGAUUAUUUUGAACUCGAAGAGUGAAAAGAAACCAAAAAAGUUUAUUUUUCUUGUUAAAUAGCUUUAAAUGGUAUAGCCAAUAAAUUCAGUAUGGUACGACCAAGUUCUGGAAACGGUCGUAAGUCAAAGAGCCCCAAAAAUUUGGCUGAAGUUCGUAAAAGGAAGGAACAAUUGUCCCGAACGGGGAGGUCGCCAAACGCUUCAACUUCAAGAAGAGACGCUCGGUCAGAAAUUAAUGAAACUACGCAGAAGCAAAAGAGAAGAUUUCGACCAGGGACUAAAGCAUUGAAAGAAAUCAAGAAGUAUCAGAAAUCAACCAAUCUUUUAUUGCGGAAGCUGCCAUUUUCUCGUGUAAUCCGUGAAGUUGUACAGGAGUUGUUUCCAAGCACCCGAUUCUUUUGGAAAGCGUCUGCCAUUGCAGCUCUCCAAGAAGCAGCUGAGGCGUAUCUUGUAAGUUUAUUUGAGGACUCUAAUAUUUGUGCUAUUCAUGCUAAAAGAGUGACAAUAAUGCCUAAAGAUUUGUGGCUAGCACGGCGUUUACGCGGUGAAUUUGUCUAAGACAAGUUUUAAAGCGGCGCAAUACUCAAGUCUGACUGAAAGUUAGUGCUAUAUGCAAUCACACACAAACUUACUUAGUUACAACAAAAGAUAUUAUACAAAGCUUUGACCUAGGGAACUCAUUGUGUUCAAACAUCUAACAAUUAGCAGUGAAGCGUUGGGUCUAAGUUUGUCAAAUUGAACUUGGAUUUCACAACUAAUAUUAAAAUUUAAAAUGGUUAUGUGGAUCAAGAUAUUGAGGCUCAUCUCAUUAUGGAUCUGAAAAACUGUUUGAGAGUACAGGCACUGUAGUUAAUGAAAAUAUAUUUGACUGCUCUACGGAACACUCAAUGUGUAUGAAUUCAAUAACCAUUUAUUAUACUCCAAAUGUUAAAACACAAUGGACUGUAUCUUCGACUUGGAUGUUAUAGAAUCCAGGAUUUAUCAAAUUUGAUCAUGAAAAUGUUAUAGCAUUAUUGUAUUGUUUAUAACUGUCAUGUUAUUUAUUUCUUUUAAUUGUUCAGGGAUGCAUGUCCCUAAAUUUCAAAGGCAUAAGCAUAUAUACCUUAUUCUAAAAUCAAAGUUUGAAACAAACAUUAUGUUUUAUGUAGAAUUGACUUUGGUUUAAGUUGAUUAUUUACUCAUUCAUGGAUAAAAUUAACCGAAAUUUUCACUUCAUUUUUAACGUGUAUAUUUCUGACAUGUAUAUGUAAUAAUGCAUUUUUUAUUGUUCAUGUUCCUUGACAUUCAUUUUAAUAAAUAUUUUAUUCAGC